GUGUAAUCCCAAUCCAAUACCAAAGGGGUAGAUAUAUCUGCGCCCGCUUACCGGAAGCGCAAUCUCAAUGCGCAUGUACAGGUCUCAUGUACCGAGGUCUCAUGUAGGCGCUGCCUUAAUAGUACCUCGCAGAUGGUCCGUCAGUGAUAAGGCGCAUACUGUGUCUGGUCGAUCACACUGCUUCCUUGGAUCCACUCAGAAGCCUAAAAAUGCUGGGGCUGAGGUAUGGGGACUCGGUGCCAGAUAUAAGAGGUAAAGAUGGUCAUAGUGUGGUAUUUAAAAAAUAUAUAUAUAUAUUUAUUAAAUCCAAUAUAUAA